AUGGCCUCCGGGAACGACGGGGACCCGCCGGGCGCCCGCGCGCGCCGCGAUGACGAUGGGCACGRGCAGCCACCAGAGGUCAAUUCAGAGGACCAGGUGGCUGCGCAGAGCGAGGAGGUGUUCCGGAGCUACGCCUUCUACCGCUACCAGCAGGAGAGGGAGGAGAGCGGCGAGGAGGCGCCCAUGGACCCAGAGAUUGCCGAGAUUCAGCAGGAGCCCGACAGCAUGGGGACGCAGGUGGGAAGGCGCCUGGCCAUCAUCGGCGACGACAUUUACAAGCGCUACGACGCAGAGUUCCGCUGCAUGCUGGAGUCCCUGCAGCCCAACAAGGAGAACAUCUACGAUUACUUCACCAGGAUAGCCUCCAGCUUGUUUGAGAGCGGCAUUAACUGGGGCCGCGUGAUUGCCCUGCUGGGCUUCGGGUACCGCAUGGCCAUCCACGUCUACCAGCACGGCAUCCCCGGCUUCCUGCGCUGGAUCGCCCGCUACGUCGCCGAGUUCAUGCUGCGCAACCGCAUCGCCCAGUGGAUCGCCCAGCAGGGAGGAUGGGUGGCUGCACUCGAGCUGGAUAAUGUUUACAUGAAGUAUAUGUUGGCGGUGCUGGCCCUGGUCUUGGUGGGGCAUUUAGUGGUACGACACUUCUUCAGGUCCUGACUGACGCGGGGACAGAGGCUGGGGGGCCCAGCUAAGCUCUCUCUCAACUCUGCUCUGCAAUAACGACGUCUCCCAAGAGGGGAGGAUUCGAGGAACCUCUGAGAGAGAGAGCAGCUUGGACCUACGACCCCUCCACCGCAGGGCCAGGGUCUCUGUCAUUCAUGGAGACACCACCAGGAGCUCCGGAGAGAGGCAGCGAGGGGGGAGAGGUUUGACUUGGUCAUCUGUUUUAUGCCUCGCUUAGCUACCGAGGAAAGAGCAUCGCUCGUAGCAYGUAGCGCUGAGACGGGAGAGCAGAGUCCUCUGACACAGGCGCUGGAGGAAUGAAUGGGUUGGGAUGACGCCUCGGUAUGCGAGUGUCCGCGUGCGCGUGUCCUGUCCGCUCUGUGCUGAGCUCGAGAGCCUUCCUUGGGACAGGCGCAGGGCUGACGCCUUUGCUGAUGACUCUGCCCCAACUCUGCCUGCGUCUAAGGAGGGUUUGCGGCCUUGAUCGCUGCACUUCUUGUUUGUAAGUCAGCAAAGGGCAAGCCAGCAUUAAAACGCCUCUGCGGGGUUGUCUUUGCUUUUCCUCUGCUCCUGAGCCCAAUUAUUUGAGUCUUCUCUUUCCCUCUCUACCAAAAAUCCAUGUCCUUUUGGAAGAAACACACCGACUACUGUCACGUGGCAGUCGAUGGUGGUAUCUGCCAGUGGUGGCAGGUAGGCUCCCCUGCCAGACCUGGA